UCAAAAUGAGUUUGCCUUCGGUCAAGGCCUCCAUGACUACCUUUCUGUUCCUUUCCUUGCUUACUAGUUUCCACAGCAAAAUUAGUGAAGCUGCCUCAGUUAACCGCGCCUAUGUUUGUCCAAAAGAACCCAAUUUCACUCCCAAUAGCACCUACCAGUCCAAUCUCAACCACCUCCUCUCUUCACUUUCCUCCAAUGCUAAUCUCGAAACUGGUUUCUAUAACACCACCGUUGGUCACAACCCACCCAACAUAGUAUACGGCCUCUUUCUCUGCCGCGGCGAUGUCACCCCCAAUGUCUGCCAAGACUGUGUAUCAACAGCAACAAAAGACACAGUUCAGCACUACUGUCCCACAGGAAUUGAGGCCACAGUUUGGUACGACAAGUGCAUGUUACGCUACUCAAACGAAUCAUUCUUUUCCAGCAUGAUUGACUUGCCCAAAUAUUACUCUUGUAACGAUAGCAAGAUAACUGUGCUAGACCGCUUCGAUCAGAUAUUGGGAACCAUGAUUAAUGACUCGGUGACUCAGGCCACAGGUGCUCAUGAUGAGCCCGGUGCUACCAAGUUUGCCACCAAAGAAGCCAGUAUUUCUUCAUCGAUAAAGCUGUAUAGCCUUGUUCAGUGCACUCCGGAUAUCUCUAGCUACGAUUGUGAUAAGUGUCUUCGGGGACUAAUUGCAAAUAUUCCAUUUAGUUGUAGUGGAAAGCAGGGGGCAAUAGCUUUAACUCCAAGUUGCAAUUUUAGGUACGAAGUGUACCAAUUUUACCGGAUCCUCGAUACGCCACCACCUCGAUCAGGAAAAAGCCGAAUCUCAUCACUAACAAUCAUUGCCAUCGUUACUCCAAUUGCUGUCUCAAUGGUGCUAUUGGCUAUGGUGUACUGCCUCCAAAGGAUGAGUGCAAGAAAGAAAUCCCCUAUGGAGGAGGAAAAUGAAUCCUUACUAUUUGAUUUGGCAACGCUUAAAGCUGCCACAAACAAGUUCUCAGAAGAUAACAAGCUUGGUAAGGGUGGAUUUGGAGAGGUUUACAAGGGCAUACUUUCAAAUGGACAAGAAAUAGCUGCGAAGAUGCUUUCAAAAAAUUCCACUCAAGGUGCAGAAGAAUUUAAGAAUGAAGUUGCAAUUCUAGCUAAGCUUCAGCACAGAAAUUUGGUGAGGUUAUUUGGAUUUUGCUUGGAAGGAGAAGAAAAAAUACUUGUCUAUGAAUAUGUGCCUAACAAAAGUCUUGACUAUUUUCUAAAUGACCCUGAAAAACAAAGAAUAUUAAAUUGGUCAAUGCGUUACAAGAUUAUUGGAGGGAUUGCACGGGGGAUCCUUUAUCUUCACGAAGAUUCUCGGCUUAGAAUUAUACACCGUGAUCUUAAAGUUAGCAACAUAUUGUUAGAUGAAAAUAUGAAUCCAAAAAUUUCAGAUUUUGGCUUGGCAAGAAUCUUUGGGAACGAUCAAACUCUAGAAAAUACCCACAAGAUAGCAGGGACAUAUGGUUACAUACCUCCAGAAUAUGCUAUGUAUGGACAAUUCUCUAUAAAGACUGAUGUAUUUAGUUUUGGUAUCCUAUUACUAGAGAUUUUAUGUGGCAAGAAGAACACUUCUUUCUAUACAUCAGACGCUGCUGAGAACCUCUUGAGCUAUGCUUGGAAGCAUUGGAGGGGUGGAACAUCCUUGGAAUUGUUGGAUCCGACUAUAAGAGAUUCUUAUUCUGAAAUCGAAGUCAACAGAUGUAUCCACAUUGCCUUACUAUGCGUUCAAGAAAAUCCAGCGGAAAGACCAACAAUGGACUCAAUAAUUCUCAUGCUAAAUAGUGACUCUGUUCCUAUGUUAUCACCUCAACCGCCAGCAGUUUUCCUUCAAAGUAGAGCUCAGACGAACAUGCCAGAGUCAGAGUCAGAUCAAUCUACCAGGAAGUCAAUAUUAUUGUCUGUUGAUGAAGCAUCAAUUACUGAAGUAUACCCUCGAUAGUGUAAGACGCAACCUGGGCAUGACAGAAAUUAGUAUUAGCUUUUUUUUUGUCAUGGAACCUAAAUGGUAAGUUUCAUAUUACCAUUGUCUGAGAAUUUGGACUUUAGGAUGACAAAAUAAUUGGAAGGCAUAAUACCAAAUCUAUUUCUGAAUGGGGCUUUUGCUAGGAAAAUGAAUAAUGGACAAAAAAAUAUAUGAAAGAUUGGUUUUGAGGUACAUUGAAAUUUGAA